AUGCAGGCGUGUCGGAAGACGUUGGAGCAGAAUGAGAGGACAGUGGGAGUAAAGCGGGAAGUGGUAGAGGGCCAGAAGGCCAACUGGUGGCGCGAGUGGGAGAAGGUGCAAGCCCAGGUGAGACGCGCACUCGGGCUGUUUGUUGACCGCACCAAGUUAGCGUGCAGCAUGCUUCUCAACAUUGGUCUCGACAACGCGCUUCUACCGCGGGAUACGGACAAAGCCUACGAAGGUGUGCCCGCCAGUUGGUUGUAA